AUGUCGGCAGCGGUGCACGGCGCGUGGUGUUGCCUCCCGAGGCGAGCAACAGGAGCUGCAGCGCACGCGCGGCCUCGUUGUUGCGGUGAAGCUGGGGCGAGUUGUCGGUUGAGGGAUGGACACGGCGGCGCGGUGGUUCGGCGCCAAGGUGGAGGGCGGGCCGCUCACGCCAGCGCGCCGGAGCUGCGAAGCGGAUGGAUGCUUCAGAGCCCUGCCAUAGCGACCUCGAGACGCGUCGCCUGCGCCAACUCGAGCGAGUCCGACUCAGAAGGCAGCCUCUCCGACUUCCGCGCGCGUCUCGCCAGCAAGUACGGCCCCGCCGCGGCAUCGAGGCGCGCCGCCCGGCGCGAGGAGAACACUCCCGCGCGCACAGGCAGCCCGGUCGGCCGCCGCCGGCGCCUCCGCCCCGCGCCGAGCCUCCAGCGCGUCCUCGGCGUCGACCUCGGCGCGCGCAAGACCGGCGUCGCGUUCAGCGCGGGCGGCUUCGCGCCACGUCCCCUCGGAAUCCUCGACACGCCGCGCGACUGGCGCGCCCUCGCGCGGCAGCUCGCGGACAUGGCGCGCCGCGAGGGCGCGGACGGCAUCGUCGUCGGCGUGCCCGUGACGGCCAACGGCGACCUGGCCGACCGAGCGACCGAUUCAAAGUCCGGGCGCGCCUGUCGCAACUUUGCGGAGACGCUCUCGGGCGUAGCGGGGCUGCCGGUGAUCAUCGUGAACGAGCGGAUGACGUCUAGCACUGCAGGGGACGCGCUGGGGCGGUCGGGGGCGCGGAGCGGCGGGCGCGUGGACGACGUGGCCGCGGCGAUGAUCCUUGAGGCCUACUUCGACAGCCCGAGCGACGGGUUCCUGUUGUGA